GUUUCUUUUAUGCGUCAUAAUUUAGGUAAUUGAGUAACCGAUGCAUGUGUAUGCAUUGAGGUGGAUUAUGCUAAUCCCAGUUGGUGGAACCACUUUGCAUAAUAUGCUGUAUGUAAAUUGUGUUGUUUUAGGUCUCUUACAGUGCUAUGGUAUGUCCAUUCGGUAGAGCCACUUUUGCAUUCGUUGCUGUUUGGCUACAUGCUUUUGUUAAAGUUGGUGCAAACAUAGUUUAAUAUCGCAUCCAUCUAUGAAAUAUGUAACAAGAGAAGACGGCUAUCUCUGUACCUGUACAUAGGCAACUAUCCAUAUUCUUAACUUACAGCAGUUAGUUCAAUCUUAAUCUGUUUUUCCAAACGAGACACUAUGUCUUCCACAGGACCUUGCAAAAUAAGCAGAACACAACACCGUUAAUUACCAGAAACUGAACCUUAUUGAUUUUUGCCUACAACAACAACACCAACAACGAAGCCUUUAGCCCGAAACAAGUUGGGGAAGGCUAAAUCUGAAACCCAUAAGAUCUCGCAAUCAACUCAUGGUUCUGGCACAUGGAUAGCUAGCUUCCAAACUCUCCUGUCCAUGGCUAGUUCUUUGGUGAUAUUUUUGUCCUUCAGAUCUCUCUUUACGGACUCCUCCCAUGUAUGGUCUAACCCAACCUCUCUUAACAUUACAACACGCUUUAGCCGUCUGCUAUGCACUGGAGCUUCUCGAGGCCUGCGCUGAAUAUGCCCAAACCAUCUCAGACGAUGUUGGACAUACUUCUCUUCAGUCGGUGCUGUCCCAACUCUACCCCGUAUAUCAUCAUUCUGGACCCGAUCCUUCCUUGUAUGGGCACACAUCCAUCUCAACAUGCGCAUCUCAGCUACACCUAACUGUUGAACAUGUCACCUUUUAGUCGAUCAACACUCAGCGCCAUACACCAUUGUGGGUUGAAUUGCCGUCCUAUAUAACCUGCCUUUUAGCUUUUGUGGAACUCUCUUGUCACAGAGAACGCAAGCUUUGUGCCACUUCAUUCAUCCGACUUUGAUUCGAUGGAUCACAUCUUCAUUGAUAUCACCAUCCUUCUGCAACAUUGGCCCCAAGUAUCGAUGGUGUCCUUCUGAGGUACCACCUGCCCAUCAAGGCUAACCUCCUCGUGCCUAGUAGUACUUAAAUCGCACCUCAUGUACUCGGUUUUAGUUCUACUAUGCCUAAAACCUUUCGGUUCCAAGGUUUUUCUCCAUAUCUCUAAGUUUCUAUUAACCCCCAUCCGACUAUCAUCGACUAGCACCACAUCAUCCGCAAAGAGAUACAACAUGGGAUAUCUCCUUGUAUAUCCCUUGUGACCUCAUCCAUCACCAAAGCAAAAAGACCGGCCAGGGAGUAAACAAUCUUCGUUGGAACAUUACGUGUGCAAAAGUACUCUACAACACCAGCGUAGCUCAACGAGGAGUCUCGAGUCCAUUGUGGUGCGCAACAUCACGCCCACCAGCUCGACGAGUGCAUGGCGCACAUUCACACUGGCAAUAGGGCCAUCAGAGGUCACCAGGAUGGGAGGUUGCAGUAGUAGCAGGUCUUCUCGUGCGCACCCACUUGCAUCCAUCUCGCCGCCGCGCUAACCAUCGUCUCUGACCGCUCUGGUUGUUCCCGGUGCCGCUGAACCGUGAUGCCUUAAGUCGUCGCCCGCCACAUGCUGGAGCUCAUCACAUCAGGAUGAGUGAUUGGGGAUGGGUCGUCGCAUGGCCAGGGCUCGUCGGCCAUGCGCAGGUGCCAUGCGAUGAGCAGGGAGAGUGGGGGACGGAGCGCUGGGGCACCGGGGCUUGUCGGUCAUGCGUGGGCGCGACGUACGAGUAGGGAAGCGACGGGGUGGAGGUGGUGCCGUGGAGCAGCAACAAGUGAUGUGUCAUUGAUAUCUGGUUGCCAUGCCGUCAUGUAGGGAGAGAUAAAAUGAAUCAAUUGAGGAGGCAAGGGGGAGAUUAAGGAAGGAGGUGCAUAUGACAGGUGGGCCCACGUAGUAAGUGAGAGUAGUUUUUUUAGGCUGGGAUCACCUCUUUCCUAUUACACCAAACAAGAUUUUACUGUCAUAGGGUCGGGAUUGACUAGGAUUGAUAAAUACAGGGUGCUAAUUUCAGGGAUUAAAAGUUCAAGGUUCGAUUCCAACUACGCGUACAAAGUCAAGGUUUAAAAUAGACUUUUCUCCCUACCACAUGACAUUUUGCGGUAUCUUAUCUUAGGCCUUCUCCAAGUAAAUGAACACCAUAUACAGGUCCUUUUGCUCCCUGUAUCUCUCCAUAAGUUUUCGUACCGGGAAAAUGGCUUCCAUGAUCGACCUCCUAGACAUGAAACCAAACUGAUUUUUGGUCAUGCUUGUCAUUCUUAAGCGGUGCUCAAUGACUCUCCUAUAGUUUCAUUGUAUGGCUCAUCAGCUUAAUUCCAUGGUAAUUAGUACAACUUUGAAGAUCCUCUUUGUUCUUGAAGAUUGGUACUAAUAUACUCCGCCUCCAUUCUUCUGGCAUCUUGUUUGCCCGAAAAAUGAGGUUGAAAAGCUUAGUUAGCCAUACUAUCGCUAUGUCUUUGAGGCCUCUCCACACCUCAAUGGGGCUACAAUCAGGACCCAUUGCCCUGCCUCCUUUCAUCCUUUUUAAAGCAUCGCAGACCUUAGACUCUCGGAUUUGCACAAAACGCCUGCUGGUAUCAUCAAAGGAGUCGUCCAGUUCAAUGAUAGAGCUCUCAUUCUCUCCAUUGAACAGCUUGUGGAAGUACUCCCACCAUCUAUGCUUAAUCUCCUCGUCCUUUACCAGGAGCUGAUCUGCUCCGUCCUUGAUGCAUUUCACUUGGUCGACAUCCCUCGUCUCCCUCUCUCGGAUCUUGGCCAUCUUGUAGAUGUCCCUUCCUUCGUGUCUAAGCACUGGUAGAGGUCCUCAUAUGCCCGACCCCUUGCUUCACUCACAGCUCGCUUUGCGGCCUUCUUUGCCACCUUGUACUUUAUGUUGUCUGCACUCCUAUCCAGGUGUAGCCGUUUGAGACAAUCUUUCUUCUCCUUACCAGGUAUCUUUAGCUUCGCUUCUACUUUAGGGCACUCCAAACUCCUUUGAAGCCACCUUACAAAUGCAAAUCGCCAUCUUCAUCCACAUAUUGCCUGCAUCACCUCCUUCCUCCCAAGGGCCCUCCUUAAUGACCAUCUCCUUGAAAGCCUGAGCUGCCUCCUCCUUGAGCUUCCACCACUUCGUUCUAGCGACUUUGGCACGCUUAUCCUGCUGGCCACGAAUCCGAAAGCGGAAGUCAGCCACCACAAGCUUAUGCUGAGGGACAAAACUCUCUCCAGGUAUCACCUUACAAUCUAGGCAAGCAUGUCUAUCUUCUCUUCUCGACAGGACGAAAUCAAUCUGGCUAAAGUGUUGACAACUACUAAAAGUCAGUAGACGUGAUUCUUUCUUUCUAAAGAGGGUGUCAGUUUCGAUCAUAUCGUAGGCUAGAGCAAAGCUUAGGACAUCUUGUCCUUCUUGAUUCCUGAUGUGAUAGCCAAAGCCCUCAUGCACCCCUUCAAAACCUGUGUUAGAUGUACCCAUGUGGCCAUUGAGAUCUCCUAUGAAGUGCUUGUCGCCAAUAAGUACACUCCUAACCAUGUCCUCCAGACCUUCCCAGAACUUGGUGUUCUGAUUGUGACCUACUUGCGGGGUAUAUGCGCUGAUAACAUUGAGAAUUAAGUCCCCAACUACCAGCUUGACCAGGAUAAUCCGGUCCCCACUCAUGAAGUUCUCAUUUUGGCCUACUUGCAGGGUAUACGCGCUGAUAACAUUGAGAACUAAGUCCCCAACUAGCAGCUUGACCAGGAUAAUCCGGUCCCCAUGCCUCUUGACGUCUACCACCCCAUACUUGAGACUCUUGUUGAUCAAGAUGCCUACUCCAUUUCUGUUUGCAGUUGUCUGCGUGUACCACAGCUUGAAGCCAGUGUCCUCCCACCUCCUUCGCCUUCUGUGCUCUUCAUUUGGUUUCUUGGACGCAAUGGAUAUCAACACCUCUCCUCACCGAUGUAUCAACUAGCUCCCGUAGUUUACCUGCUGGGGACCUACGUUCCAGCUAAAACCCUACAGGAACGUAGUGCAUAUGAUAGCUGUAGGGUAAGGACCCGCUUAGGUAGCUGGAACGUAGGGUCCCUAGCAGGUAAACCCUACAGCUAUCAUAUGCACAGUCCUAGAUGGCAGUCAUGCAUUAAGCAAUCAAGCUUCUAAUACAUUAGUGAUAUUAAUUAAGGGGUAUGUUAAUAAUAUCUCAGUUCAACAACUGAUGGCAUACUUCAAGCAGUCAUGUUGAUUGUACCAGCUAUAUCCUUCUUGCUGCACUUGAUAACUUAAUGAGAAAAUUGAAUACAUGGUUACAUUCAGGAUACCUGGCACAUUGUUCAUCUGCUAGAUCAGUGAUUACAGGUUACAAAUUCGCAUUUUGUUUGGCAAGCUACAAUUAAAUUAUAAAUAAGAUUCUUUACACGACUAUACAUAAGAUCUACAAAGCGCGGACACGCAAAAACAGCUACAUCGGCAUCCUAGUAUGGGUGGACACGGCGAUACGCGUAUCCUGCAGUAUCCCAUCUUUUCCGAAUUAAAAAAAACUAAAUAGGGAUAUGCUGUGGACACGGUGGGGCCUCUUGGGGCCUCUGGAGGCCAGUAACGGCCCUAUGCAAACCCUACUAUUGGCAGGUUUGCACGCAUGAGCGCCACAAAAGGGACGAGCUGCUCCAGGCUCCAGCGACUCCGCCACUGCCGCUGUUUUCCACAAGACCAGCAGCCUCUCCUCCCGACGACAACCAUGCUCAAGUAGGUAACCUCAAUCUCUUCAUCUCUUUGUGACUCAUUUUUUUGCUGUUGAGCUGCUGCUGCUAGCUUCCCCGUGCGGCCAUGCCAUUGCUGCUUGGGUUUUUGAUUAGCUGCAUGCUGUUGUGCUGCUUGAAUGCUUUUGGUUGGGUUCUUUUCUUCGUGCUGCUGUUGAGCGUUGACUGUCAUUGCUGCUUGCUGUUAGGGAGCAUGGCAUCUGGGAGCGCCGCCGCCGGCAGCCAAUCGUCCGUGGGUGAGAGUGAAGGCUCCUAGUUAUCAUGUUAUGAGUGGACUGUGUUAUGCUGUCAUGUUGUGUCUACUGUCUAGUGUGUACUAUGGUUUAUUUUUGUAAUACCGCGUCAUGUUGGGAGCUUGAGAUUGCCAAACCAUACUGCACUUGGGAGCCAAAUACAUUGGACAUUUGGAAAGCAAAUGUCUUUACUGUUUUCAUGUUCUGUACCACUUAAGAUUAUGUCUUCUUAAGUUUCUAAUACUAGCAUUUGAUGUAUUUUGCAAGUUGCAAUGACAUGGGCCUGGAGGACCAAUUAAUUCAAUCAUUGAACACUUGAGAAAAAGGAGACAGCAAAUGGGGCAGUAUUCUGAUCUCAUCUCAGUUUCUCAUUAAUCUUUUGUCUUUAACUCCUUAUUGCAUGGUGUAUUUUUAAUUUAUAUAUAUUCUCCGUAUCCCGGUGUGGCUGUUUUUGGAAAAUGCCGUAUCCCGUGUCCCCGAUGCGUAUCGCCGUGUCCGUGUCCUCGUAUCCGUGCUUUUUAGCAUAAGAUUUGGAUCUUUAUCAUUAGUAGGUGUGAAUGACAUUGAUCCAGUGAACCAGAUUCUUCCAGAGCCACUUGAUGACAUGAACUUGGUAAAUCAUAGUGAGAACGGCAGAUUGAGAUCGAAGGUAUGGAUGGACUUUACACCUGUCUAUGUUGAGGGGAGAAUCCAGGGUGCUGACUGUGUCCAUUGCCACACACGACUUAGUGCAGAAAAGAGUACAUGCGAUUUAAACCAACACACUCAGACUUGUUCAGCACGGGCUGGAACUAGUGUAAAUCAUCAGAAAGAUGGGCUUUUCUUGUCCAGUGUACCAAUUUUUAAAUCUAGGGUGAAGGAUGAACUUUUACCUGCCUUGACAAAUGGUAAGGUUCAGAUUGCAGAAUAUGCUAGCAGGUUCCACUUGGGUUAUAAUUCUAGUGACAAAACUUGUCAAAAUCAGCACAUUCUGGCUUUACCAGCAGACAACAUGACCCCAAUGGAACAGUAUAAGUCGUCUGCUCGUACUCCAGAUGUCAAGAUCAGGAAAUUUGAUCAAGAAGCAUCUUAUCAAGAGCUAACUAGGAUGAUAAUAAUGCAUGGCUAUCCCCUGUCAAUUGUGGAGCAUGAAGAAAUGAAAAGAUUUGCGAAGGGCCUUAACCCUGUGUUUAACAUGGCUUCAAGCCUAGAUAUGGAAGAAUAUUCAAUUCUGCUGUUUCAGAAAGAGAAGUCUGACCUUAAGGAGAAAAUUGCACUUUCGUCACGACGAGUUUCGUUAUCAGCAAGUGUGUGGGUCCCUCAUGGAGCUGAUCCCACAGUAAAGUACCUGUGUUUGACCGCGCAUUUUAUUGAUGCUGAAUGGAAGCUUCAAAGGAGAAUAAUCAAGUUUGGUGUGCUUUGGUCCUCACCUUCUGAUUUGGAAAGGAUGAUACACUGUAAGGAGGCUUGUGUGCUAGAAUCUGAGGUUGGGGCGUAUAAUGUCAUAUGGGAAGCUAUAAGAGAGUGGAAUCUUGACAGGAAGCUUUUCUGCUUGACAUCUGUAAGCGAAAUAAGAAACAGUGGAAGUAUCUCAAAGCUGAAGGACAUGCUUAUACAGAGGAACUGUCUUCCUAUUAGAGGUGAGCUAUACAAUAUUGCUUGUGUGGAUGAUAUGGUUGACAGCGUUCUUUCGAAAGGGCAACCAUUGCUUUAUCGUGUCGGUGAUCUGCUAGAGAGAUUUAUUCAAGCACGUGCAUUUUCAUCGCUGACUCAGCAGCAACUUUUGGAAGUUGCUAACGAUGUUGAUAUGAAGUGCCCCCAUGAAGAUGCAAAAUGGUGGCAUAAAAUUUACUUUAGACUUGAGGUUCUUUUGCAUUUCAAGAAGUUACUUCCCUCUGAAGAAUUUGUAUCUGUGGAAGAAAUGAAAAUUGUUGAGCCUAUCUAUAAGAUUUUGAGGGUUUUCUAUCGAGUCGUUGAAGUAAUGUCUGGGGCUGUUUGCCUGACAGCAAAUAUGUACUUCCAUGAAGUAUGGAAAGUUAGGACGAUUUUGCAAGAAGAAGCAUGUACUGAACACUCCGACGUUGCUAGCAUGAUUAGAGAGAUGCAGGAAGCAUUCAAUGAAUAUUGGGCAAAGUCGUACUUGUGGUUGUCAGUGCCUGUUGUUCUUGAUCCGAGAUUCAAAAUUACUUUUAUCGAUUUCCGUCUUAAACGAGCUUUUGGCACUGAUGCAACAAAGUAUGUAAAUGAUGUAGCUGAAAUAGUGAGGGAAUUGUUUCAUGAAUAUUGCACCCCCGUGGAUCAGCUGAAUGUUAAGACUUCACAUUGCGAAGUUCAAAAUGUUGAAAUAGAUGGAUUUGACAGUGAUUUAUUGGAAGAUUGGGAUCAGCAUCUUACUGCACAGACAAGGAGUCAACUAUUGUCGGAGCUUGACAGCUAUCUUGAAGAUGGUCUUCUUCCACGGAAGGAUGAUUUUGAUAUUCUAAACUGGUGGAUGAGUCAUUCUUCGAAGUAUCCAACCCUCUCAAAAAUGGUGCAGGAUGUCUUGGCAAUGCCAUCAUCUGCUGUUCACUGCGAGGCAGCAUUCAGCAGUGAGGGCCCAGUAAUUCAUAAGCAGUGGAGCACAUUAAACAUCAAGACAAUUGAAGCACUUGUGUGUACCCGAGAUUGGAUUAGCUAGGUGGCUCCAUGUUAUGCUACAGAAUGCUCUUCAUGGAGAGAAGGCUAUGCGUUGUACAAAUACCCAUUCUUCUUCUAACAUUGGAGGAUGCUAUUGCUAGGACGACUUACUAACGAACCAUUCUGUUUCCGUGCCGGACAUAGUUCACAGCGUCUCAAACAUUUCUGCAUUCCUCUCUCAAACAAAUGUACACAUCGGCUCGUCGCAGAAGCUUGUUCUUGGGGUGUAUCAUGCUAUGUUGUUCCCUGUGUUUAGAUCUGGGGCUCCUGCCCAGACGCUCGCGUGCAGUGCCUAUGGUUCGCUCUUGUUUUAACCUAACGAGGAUCAGUUGUGUAAAUUGUAUGGAAGACAUUCGCUGUUCAAUUUACUAGUGGCCAUUACGUUUGCUGGA